AUGAACCGCCAGAACAAGAAAACCACAUCCGACGAUCUUACUCGGCGGACACCCAUAAUGCGGGUGGCAAAUUCGGCAGUGAAGCAAAAAGCCAGCUGCCGCCAGUGCGAAAAGCAAAACCGCGAGUUCGAAGAGCUCGCGGAAAAAGUCGACCAUAUGGAGGAAGUGGUCGACGAACCGGAGGUGAAAGAAGAACUAACAUACGAUUAUGCUGACUGGCCGACGGCGAUGCUGACCAGUUUUAUGGAGGAAGUUGUUAGACGUUUGCAAAGCGUCGAUAAAUAA